ACUGGGACAUCAAAACAAAAUUUAAGGGGUAUGCUCAAGCAUUAUCCAAGACUGUAGCCCAAUUUCUUGAUGGGGCUGCAAGGCCACCAAUUAUAGGACAUUGUGCCACCAUGGAAGGGUAUAUAAUAUGGUACCAUCUGAUCAGGGGCGGACUGACAACUCACGGGGUCCCUGGGCAAUAAGGGAUCAUGGGGCCCCUGUGUCCUUGCCCACACUCAAACCACACCCAAAAAAUCCUAUGAAAGGUACCAGGGGCAUCUCAUGGGGCCCCCUACUGACCCCGGGCCCUCGGGCAGUGCCCGAGUUUCGAAAU